ACAAACUGGACAAAAAAAAUGCUGGAGAAACUCAGCAGCUCCUUCAAGAAUUUGUGAAUGACCCACCUACUAUGUGUGCUCAUUGGUUCGCUCGAACGCAUCAUCCAUGACGUGUUCAGCGGGCGGUAUAUCUGCCCCCCCAGGCCGACCGUUGUUGGGAGAAAGCCGCCAUUACGGACCGCGCUGAGGGACAAUUUUCUCCUUUAAACGCUCGAUCGAGGCGGACGCUGGAAGAAAACGAACCCCACCUGAAUCACCUCCGCGUCCUGCGUUAAAUCCAGUCCAGAAGCGAGGGUUGAACUCUUUGAUUUGGGGGAAGAGAAACGAAACAAAGAGGGAAAUGGGCGACAAACUCGACAUGUCCCUGGACGACAUCAUCAAACUGAACCGGCAGAAAAGCCCGGGCGGCCGCGGCGGAAGAGGUGGCGGCCGCGGCGGGGGAGGCGGCAUGGGCCGCGGAGCAGGGCGAGGCGUGGGCGGCCUCGCCGGUCGAGGAGCGGCGGGAGGCCGAGGCGGCGGCGGAGGGGGCCUGGGUGUAGGCCUCAUGCGCAACAGACAGAGCGCAAUGCGAGGAAGAAACCGACCGGCUCCUUACAGCAGGCCGAAACAACUCCCAGACAAGUGGCAACAUGACCUUUUUGACAGUGGUUUUGGAGCUAGCGGUGGUGUUGAAACUGGUGGAAAGCUCUUGGUGUCGAACUUAGACUUUGGUGUAUCUGAUGCAGAUAUUCAGGAGCUUUUUGCUGAGUUUGGAACAUUGAAGAAAGCAGCUGUACAUUAUGAUAGAUCCGGGCGCAGUUUGGGAACAGCUGAUGUACACUUUGAGCGAAAGGCAGAUGCUUUGAAAGCCAUGAAACAAUAUAAUGGAGUUCCCUUAGAUGGACGACCAAUGAACAUUCAACUAGUUACCUCACAAAUUGAUGCCCAAAGAAGACCCAUAGUUGGAGGAAACAGAGCUGCAAGCCGAACUCGCGGUAAUGCAUUCGGAGGUGGAAAUAGACGGUCCAGAGGAGGCAACAGAGGUGGAAGAGGUGGUAGAAGUGGAAGAAAUUCAAGACAACAACUUUCAGCAGAAGAGCUGGAUGCCCAGUUGGAUGCUUAUAAUGCUAGGAUGGACACAAGUUAAGCAAGCUCGGAGAUUGACUUUUUUCCCUUGUGGGAGGGACGCGAACAAUGUAGUCUAGUGGCGCAAUGGAAUAGGUUUUUAAAUCUAUGUAACUUUUUAAGUCACAGUCUUGUUUUGUACUGAAUGUUUUCAUUUUGGGAUAUGUUUUACUGGUUGCAUGUUUUCAUGGGUGGAUGGACUUGCCCCACCAGACCAUGAAAUAAAUUCGCACUGUUAAUUGAA